CAGUUGCGUGCCGUGCGAACAAACGGGACCAUGACCAGUAACAGCACCAGCUGGUCGCGCUAAUUGGAAAAUUAAACAGAUUUUUGUGUGUACUGUGUACAUUAUGCAUAAUAAAAACAAAUACGCGAGAAUUUUUUGGUGUUUCGUGUGAAGUUUGACAAAUUGAUAAGUGAGUGGCCAGACGGGAGUUGUACGCAUAUUCGCUCCGGUCCUCAAAUCGGACACACAAACAAACACACACACCCGCAGAGUUUUGUAACGCAACACGAGAGGGUCCGUGAAAGAGAGUCUGGAAGUGAGAGCCGCCCCGCAAUAAUUACACACCAACACCAGCACACGCAGCAGUCAUACAAUAGUAGAUCCCUCCUACUCCUCCUUGUACACGUCCACGUCCGUUCCCCGCGCUUCAAACAUAAGGAAUUUCAAAUAAAAUUGGAAAUGCAAAUGCAAAAUGAAUGACGAGGAGAACGCCAAUAAUGUGCCUGGCGCCCAGGCGCAGAGUACGGACCAGUUGGCCAGCCAGGCGGCGACUCCCUCCCGUAUCCGCCUGCCCAUUGUGGGCAUGACAUGCCAGUCGUGCGUGCGGAACAUACAGGAUAACAUUGGCAAACGACCGGGGGUGCUCGUGGCUCGGGUGGCGCUCGAGGAGAAUGCCGGCUACUUCGACUACGAUGCCAGCCUGAUCGAUGCGCCGCAGAUAGCCGAAGCCAUCGACGAUAUGGGCUUUGAGUGCAGCUACAGCACGGCCCUAACCAAUAUCCGGGUGGUGGGCAUGACCUGUCAGUCGUGUGUGCGGAAUAUCGAGGGGAAUAUUGGGACCAAACCAGGCAUCCAGCACAUCGAGGUGCAGCUGGCGGCCAAGAAUGCCCGCGUCCAAUACGAUCCCGGCCAGCUGACGCCCGACGAAAUAGCCGAACUCAUCGAUGACAUGGGCUUUGAGGCGAGUGUGGCGGCGGCGGCGGCCACCAGUGGCAGCAACAGUCGGUCGUCGACUCCAAAGACCAACAGUCCUGCCCCCUCGCCACGACAGUCGCCCCGCAGGGAUACGGUGCCGGAUAAGAAGCACGCACAGAAUGGCACGGCCACAGCGAUACCCGUGGAACAGGAGGCGCUCACAAAGUGUUUCCUUCACAUACGUGGCAUGACCUGCGCCAGCUGUGUGGCGGCCAUCGAGAAGCAUUGCCGGAAGAUAUACGGCCUGGACAGCAUACUGGUGGCGCUGCUGGCCGCCAAGGCGGAGGUCAAGUUCAAUGCGAAUGUCCUAACGGCGGAGAACAUUGCAAAAUCCAUCACGGAGCUGGGCUUCCCCACCGAGCUCGUUAACGAGCCGAACAACGGGGAGGCGGAGGUGGAGCUAGAGAUUGGCGGCAUGACAUGUGCCUCGUGCGUCAACAAGAUCGAGAGCCAUGUGCUCAAGGUGCGGGGAGUGACGGCUGCCUCGGUAACGCUGAUGACGAAACGCGGCAAGUUCCGCUACAGCACCGAGGACACGGGUCCGCGGAGCAUCUGCGAGGCAAUCGAGGGACUGGGAUUCGAGGCCAAGCUGCUGACGGGCCGCGACAAGAUGGCCCACAAUUAUCUGGAGCACAAGGAGGAGAUACGCAAGUGGCGGAACGCAUUCCUCGUCUCGCUGAUCUUCGGGGGUCCCUGCAUGGUGGCCAUGAUCUACUUCAUGCUGGAGAUGAACGACAAGGGGCACGCGAACAUGUGCUGCCUGGUGCCGGGCCUCUCGAUGGAGAAUCUGGUGAUGUUUCUGCUCUCAACGCCGGUGCAGUUCUUUGGCGGCUUUCACUUCUAUGUGCAGUCGUACAGGGCCAUCAAGCACGGCACCACCAACAUGGAUGUGCUCAUCUCGAUGGUCACCACCAUCUCCUAUGUGUACUCGGUGGCGGUGGUCAUUACGGCCGUUCUCCUCGAGCAGAACAGCUCGCCGCUCACGUUUUUUGACACGCCGCCGAUGCUGUUGAUCUUCAUCUCGCUGGGCCGAUGGCUGGAGCACAUUGCCAAGGGCAAAACAUCGGAGGCACUGUCCAAGCUGCUCUCCCUGAAAGCCGCCGACGCCCUGCUGGUGGAGAUCUCGCCGGACUUUGACAUUGUCAGCGAGAAGGUCAUCUCCGUGGACUAUGUACAGCGGGGGGACAUACUCAAGGUGAUACCUGGCGCCAAGGUGCCAGUCGAUGGCAAGGUGCUCUAUGGCCAUUCGACCUGCGACGAGUCCCUCAUUACGGGCGAAUCCAUGCCGGUGGCCAAGCGCAAGGGGGCCGUUGUCAUCGGUGGGUCCAUCAAUCAGAACGGUGUGCUAUUGGUCGAGGCAACGCACACGGGUGAGAAUACGACGCUCGCGCAGAUCGUACGGCUCGUGGAGGAGGCGCAAACGAGCAAGGCGCCCAUUCAACAGCUGGCGGAUCGCAUUGCCGGCUACUUUGUGCCCUUUGUGGUGCUGGUGUCCAGCAUAACGCUCAUCGCCUGGAUUGUCAUUGGCUUCUCGAAUCCCGAUCUGGUGCCCGUCGCUAUGGAGCACAAAAUGCACAUGGAUCGCAAUACGAUAAUUGUUAGCUAUGCGUUCAAGUGUGCGCUGAGUGUCCUGGCCAUUGCCUGUCCCUGUGCGCUGGGCCUGGCCACACCCACAGCCGUAAUGGUGGCCACUGGCACCGGAGCCAUCAACGGUGUGCUGGUCAAGGGUGCCACUGCACUGGAAAAUGCACACAAGGUGAAAACUGUGGUGUUUGACAAGACGGGAACCAUCACCCAUGGCACACCGAUGACCAGCAAGGUGACCCUCUUCGUGCCACCCCAGGUGUGCAGCCUGGCGCGUGCUCUGACCAUUGUGGGCGCUGCCGAACAGAAUAGCGAACAUCCCAUUGCCUCGGCCAUUGUGCUGUUUGCCAAGGAUAUGCUAAACGUGGGAGCCGUUGCCGCUGCCCAGCAGGGCGGUAAUUUCGGCAAGAGUUCCCAUUUCCAGGCAGUGCCCGGCUGUGGCAUUCGCGUGAGCGUCUCCAACUACGAACAGACGCUGCGGCAGGCCUGCAAUGCGGAGCGGAUCAUCAACUAUGAGAAUCUGUACCGCCAGCAUCCGCAGAGCUCCAUCAAUGUGGAUAAUGGGGCCAGUGUGGAGCAUUUGAUGCCACAGCGGGAUGUGCGCAAGUCCAUGGAAGUGGCACAACAGCAGCUGCUGGCCCUCGACGGCGUUGUCGGUGUGGAGCAGAAGCUGAUCGACGGCCCGGAGAUCAAUGUGCUGAUUGGCAAUCGCGAGUGGAUGCAGCGGAAUGCCAUCGAAGUGCCGCUCGAGAUUGGCGACUGUAUGACGCACGAGGAGCGCAAGGGACACACGGCAGUGCUGUGCGCGUUGAACGGGCAGCUGGUGUGCAUGUUUGCCGUCUCGGAUAUGGUCAAGCCGGAGGCACAUUUGGCCGUCUACACGCUCAAGAGUAUGGGCAUCGAUGUGGUCCUGCUGACGGGCGACAACAAGAACACGGCAGCGAGCAUAGCCAGAGAGGUGGGCAUUCGCACUGUUUAUGCCGAGGUGCUGCCAUCCCAUAAGGUGGCCAAAAUCCAAAGGAUUCAGCAGCGCGGCAUACGCGUGGCCAUGGUCGGUGAUGGCGUAAACGAUAGCCCAGCGCUGGCGCAGGCCGAUGUGGGCAUCACGAUAGCGGCGGGCACAGAUGUGGCUGCCGAGGCCUCGGACAUUGUCCUGAUGCGCAACGAUCUGCUGGAUGUGGUCGCCUGCCUGGAUCUCUCGCGGUGCACAGUGCGUCGCAUACGCUAUAACUUUUUUUUUGCCAGCAUGUACAAUCUGUUGGGCAUACCGCUGGCCAGCGGCCUCUUUGCCCCGUACGGCUUCACCCUGCUGCCGUGGAUGGCCUCGGUGGCCAUGGCCGCCAGUUCGGUGAGCGUUGUAUGCUCCUCGCUGCUGCUGAAAAUGUACCGCAAGCCAACGGCCAAGACACUUCGAACGGCCGAUUAUGAGGCGCAUCUGGCCGCCGAGCGGGCGCGUCGCAAUGGCUCCUCCUCGGAGUCGGAACUGGACAAUCUGUCGCUGCAUCGCGGACUCGACGAUCUGCCCGAGAUCGGUGGCAAGCGGUUGGCCUUCAAGCGCUCAAACACUUCGCUCAUUUCGCGUAUUUUCAUGCAAGGCAACGGCGGCAUUGGCGGCCACUCAUCGACGGACAAACAUGAGGAGGGGCUGCUCGAUGCCGACGACCAGUACGACGGACUCACCAAAAUCGUGAAGAGUCGAUACCUCAGCGACAGCACAGAGCUUCAAAAGCUGUGAGUGCGACGGGAUGGGAUGGAACUGAAAUCCGCACAGGCCACAGGACAAAACAAAUUUGCAGUGUAAUAAUAAUUGUAAAGUAAAAAAUGAAAUGAAAUG